AUGAACGCCUGGGCCGUUGACGCCUCGAAUCUUCCUGGUCAGGAUAACGGGGCUUUUAAUCCUUCCACAAUCGAUCCAUCUGCCGCCUUUCUUCAUGCCUCUCCGAAUCCCCAAGACCCGAAUCAGUUCCAGCGCAUGUUCAAUGGCGUGCCGCGGAACGCUUCCCCAGGCUUCCACAACCCCAACCAGGUGAUUCCAUCAAAGCGAUCACGACCAGAAGAUGGCAUGCCUAUGUCACCACGUCCUGCUCCCGGCGGAGUGACUGGGUCGCGAUCCCAGACACCUCAAGUUCCCUACCCAGGCUAUCAAGGACCGGCCAAUGGAACACCGCAAUUUCCUCAGCAUCCUACUCCAUAUCAACAUCUUCAACAAGGGGCUUCGCCUAAUGUGACUCAGUCGCCAGUCAUGCAAGACUUUGACCAGCAAAGUGUUCGCAUGGGGACAGCGUCUCCCAGCCCUUUCUCUCCCGCUGGCCCCCAUGUGGGCCCUCAUAUGUCACCGUCACAAUCAGAUCACGGAAGCCGUGUCAACACCCCGCAAAACAACAAUUUUAUGCCUGGACAAGCUUUCCCACAAAACAUGGGCGGCCAGUUCCAGGCACCUGGCUCGGCUGCACCCCAACAGGCAUUUGGUGGUAUGCAACAAGGCGGUAUGCAACAGGUGCCGCCGGGCUAUCACCAGGCUCUCGCGGCCCAGCAGCAGCGACUUCACGCCAUGUCAAUGCAAAAUCGACAAAUGAAUGCCAACCCACAGAUGGCCGGUCGCCCUGUUGCAAGUGGUUUGAACCCCAUGGCCAACCCUCAACAGAUGGCCGCUUUGCGGCAGAUGCAGCAGAAUGUUGCAAAGCCCAACAAUCCCGAAGCCUUUAUGCGUGCGGUGCAGAAAUUCCAGAUGUCACGAAAUCUUCCUUUUGACCCAAACCCGAUCAUCAGUGGUCGCCCGCUCAAUAUUGUUCAAUUGUAUGGAACCAUCAUGAAGAUGGGUGGAUCGAAGAAGGUUACAGCGAUGAAUGGGUGGCCUGCUGUUGCGCAGCAUCUUCAGUUCCCUCAGAUGCAGUUCCCAGUGGCGGCUCAGGAGCUUCGAGAAUACUACCAACGGAACUUAGCUCCUUAUGAGCAAGCAUUUAUUAGCUCGCAACAAAAACAAUUUGCGGAGAUGCAGCAACAGCAAAAUCAUCAGCAGCAGCAGCAGCAGCAGCAGCAGCAGCAACAGCAGCAGCAGCAACAGCAACAGCAGCAGCAGCAUCAACAACAACAAAAUCAACAGCAGCAGCACCCGCAGCAGCUUCAGCCACAGCUCCAGCCAGGUAUUCCCCGCCAGCCUAGUGAUGCAUCAGGGAUGCAAUUCCAGUCUCCGGCGGUAAAACAGGGCCAAAGCUUCGAGCAAACAGCUCAAUCUCCUCAAAACAAUACCCCCAUCUCGAACCAAGCCCAAGUUCCUCCAAUGAAUGGAUUUGCGACCCCAACACAGGCACGCAGUCAAAGCAAACCCCCUCAAACUGCACAUCGACUUAGCGUUUCUCGCCAGUCGCAGUCAUCGGUUCCCCCUUCAGAAAACACAGGACAGUUUGCUGCACCUUCACCAUCACAGCAAGGCAAAGCCGCGUCAGUCACACCUGGGCCACAGCCUGCCCAAGCUGAUACCAAACUAGAACGGGUGACUAAGGUGCCCAUUGAGGACCCGUUCAAGCCCAAAGUGAUCACCGAGCAUCGCCUGCAUGGCCCAAUUGCGGUAGAUGAGAUGUUCCAGCUUGGCGAUGAGAUCCUAAGGUUGAAGCCGAGUGUACCAGCGUUUGCAGAGCUAGGUGUGGUGGACAUUCAUGCUCUGAACAUGGGGCUCAAAUGUGGAAUCCAGGCAGAAAUUCGGGUUGCUUUGGAUACUCUGACCACCCUAUCAUCUGAGCUUAACACUGCGAUCUCCUUGGAGAACUGCGAUGAUUUAGUGGAAAGUCUGGUGGAUUGUGCUCAGGACCAAGCCGACUUUUUAGCUCAGCACAUCCCUGAACUGCCUGAACGCAUGCAAGUACGUUCUUAUGAAGAGGUGACACGGGGUUGCCAAUCUGAAUUCACGUCACUUGCGGAAGUUCCUGAGUUCGGGAGCAUUGAUUACCGCCUUGAUCGAGCCGUGGAACGGUUGAUAUGCAUCACUACUAUUAUUCGCAACUUGUCUUUCAACGAAGCUAACGUUGGCAUCCUGGGCAUACCCUCUGUUACCCAGGUCUUUGCUGAUGUCUUCCGCUGCCUUGGAACCCACAAAAUGUUCCUACGGACCAACCAAAACACACUGGAUUUCAUGAAGGAUGCGGUGAUCUUUAUGAGUAAUUCGGCUCACGUCAUGCAAAUACCCGGCAAAGAGGAGGCUCAAAGCCUGCUGGAAUUCCUUCUUGCCUUUGCGCCAGAACCCACUCAAUCCAAAGAAUUGAUGUUCACUGCCUUCAAUCCUUCAAUCCAUCGAUAUACCCCUGCUGCGGUGGAUGGCCUCGCUAAGCUGUUGGCGAGAGAUGACCCGAACCGGAUCUACUUUGGAGCCAUAUUCUCUGGCGAUGGCUCUGUCCCGCCUCGACCAGAUCUCCUGACCCGCGCAUUCGGACUUGCUGUCUGCGCCGUUCCUGAUAAAAAGCCUCUGGCAGUUGCAGAUGCCCGGAAGAUUUUCCUCAUGCAAGGUCUGUUAGCUGCGGAUGUUUUGACCACAUUUGCAGACGGUUCCAUGGCACGAUCAUGGGUUGGGUCUGUUGAUGGGUUCGCUAUCCACCUCUUGCGACUUUCCUGCCUGCUUUGCACUGAGCGCUUGCCGCAACUUGCUAGCAUCCGGCAGAGAGGGCCACACGAAGCAGAUGCUUAUGCUUUUGCUGCCAUCAUUAAUCGUGGAUUGGCCAUCUUACGCCGACUUGCCGAGAAAUCCAAGCAAGUGGACAAUACCUUGCCGUUGAAGCUACCAUCCGGAGUUAUCCCUCGCAAGGAAAGUCUACUCGGGGCGUUAUUGCUUCCCAACAUGGACCCGAAUAUCAUCCGCCAACUCCUCACAUAUGCUCGUCUUGCAGAGUAA